ACACGAGCCCGGGGCUCCGGCGGCUGGAGGAGAGAAAUCACUGCCCCCAGUGCACACGAGACACCGGAGAGGCUGGAAUUAAAACCCGCCCUCUGGAGGGAUCUCGUUUCCCCCAAAAACCUCCCAUUUUCUCUCUCUCUCUCUCUCUCUCUCUCUCUCUCUCUCUCUCUCUCUCUCACUCACUCACUCACUCACUCUUCUCUCUCUUUCCCUCUGUCCCUCUCUCUUCCUUUACCUUUUAUCCCUCGUCUUUCGCCGUCUCCCCCACCACAAUAAUGGAUCUCACGGCGAGAUGUUUGCUUCUUCUAUCCUGUCUCGGCGUGAUAUUGGCGAUCGAUUUGGAGGCGAUUGAUCCGGGCUACUAUGUGGACCCCACUGCCACAUCAGAGACGAUCGACUACAAGGAUCCCUGUAAAGCUGGUAAGAUUUUUUCCUCUUUUUUUUCUUUUCUCGCUGUGUGUGUGUGAUUCACCUUUUUUAUGUGGAGGUAGAGACAUGCCACGAAUCUGUUUGUGGAGCUUUGCAGAGAUCGGGCGGAGAGACGCGUUUGGAGAGGAUGACAACCCUUAAUGUAGUUUUUAAAAGGCUUUAGGAAACAAUCUGUGUGUUUGUUUUGGACUGAGAGACAUAGUUUGGAACAUUUCAGGCUCACACAGAGGUCGCUUAAGAAAACCCAGUUCGGGGAGAGUGUAAGACUGAAAAUAAAGAAGGAUGACACUGAAUGCUUUUUGUCGAGACUUGAAAAGUUUGGGCUCAAGUUCUUGUUGAAAAGUUCCUGCUUGCACUCUAAUUCUGAAAAAUGGGAUCACGUUUUCUGCCUGCUGUGAGUUAGCAUUAAAGCCUGAGCUGCUGGUCAAACAAAGGAAAUCUGCACUUUGAUUUUUCUUUAAGACUUCUGCUCCCUUUUCUGGUUGGUGUUUGUCACUGCACAAAUAGUCUUUAUUUUCCACCGGCUGUUCACACGGCCACUAAAACAAAGUGGAGGAGGGGAGAGAGAGCAGAGUACAGUCAAGCUAAGAAAUUAUGCUCACAUUAUUGAAUUGGCUGCUGUCUUGUAGCUCAGGGUGUAAAACUGUCCGUAUACUUAAAUUAUUGGCAAAAGCAGAUUAAACUUCUUGUCAUAAUUAUCUUUUUUUUUGUGGUUGUGUGUGCGUGUGCUGUGAACUCACUGUCUUGCCAAAUCCCUUUGGGGGAGUUUGAACAGAUUGUGUUUUCCAUCUGGUGAAAGUAUUCAGGUUACAGAUAGAGAGAGUUGGCUUCAGCCAAAAUGACCUCUAAAGUCCUGGAAGUGCUUACCGCUUUGGCAUUUGACAAUUUCUGAUGUGGCAGCCGGGGAGAAAGAGGAGAAAAAAAAAUCUCUGCUACUAUCUGGUUUCCUCAUCUUUCCCCCCUGAGAAGAGGAGUAAAAGUGUCACUGAUGUGCGAGGUUUGUUGUGGGUCUACAUAAACCUCAUAAAGGGUCCCACGUAAGAGCUGGACAAGAUGCAGUUUCUAUUCGGCUCAAUUUGAGUCAUAGAAGGUAGUUUGGCAACAGCUGUGUGGAUUUAGUGGACACGGACGUGAAGUUUGGACUGAGAGGUAAACUAACAGAGGAUUGAUGAUGCUGUCGGUUUAUCUCCUUAAGUGGUUUUUGUUGCUUAACUUCCAAGAACUCCUUGAUAUUGAACAGGACUCUAGUGCCGAGGAACAUCCACUCUUGGUCAUCCCCAUUCAUAUUUUUGUUUGUUAGUGUGCGGGCGCUUUCGUCAUUUGUAGUAAAGUUUGAAAACUGUCAUUGAAUGGCGUGCGCUUUUGUUUAUGGUUUUCCUCUAGGCACUUCUGCAGACAGGUGGCCGGGAGACGGUCACAAGUACAAACUCCCACUUUACUAAACCCUCCUAGUCGGCAGCUCGUCCAACACCCACCUGCUUUUCUCCUUCCUACUAUGCAGCAAAGUGUCCAAGAUCUCUCAGCUCUCCCUUUUACUCCCUCCUCCUCCUCCUUCUCCUCCUCUUCCUCCUCUUCACUCUGUUGCAACACAUCAGUGACUGACUCUUUCACUGUUGUCAUCAUGCAUCUUUAGCUAGUAUGGGCUUGAUGAUUCUUGUAUGAUGGAUUUUCUCACAUUUUUUUUUCAAGCCCAUCGGCGCUCUUGAGUGUAUUUGAUCGCUUUCUUUGGCCCGCAGUUCAGCAAUUUUAUGUCACGCUGCUCCCUCCAGGGAAAACGCUCGCAGCCAUGUGUAGUUUAUGAGGCAAGAAAACCUUCUGCCUUUGCUCCACGGUGCUUCGUUUUUAGUCCAAAUUCGACCGCUUUAUCAAGUGAUACAUGCAUGUUGACAUUAAAGGAGCUUAGUAGUGAGUACUGGUCAGUUUGGUGGUUGAAAAGUGGAAAAUGUUAAAUUUAACGCCCUCAUAUUGGCUCAAAAACAGUCAGUAACUUAUCAUUUCUUAACACAGAGUAUGCUCUGCUUAAGCACGAAUAAUCCAUAAGAUAAAUUCCCCACCUACAAGAAUGAGACAACUCAUCAGUUCUGCAGAAAUGAUAGAAAUGUGCAUUGAUUGAAGUGAGCAGUGCAAUAACACUGAAGUAAUGCCACCUAAUUAGGAAGUUAACCAGUGGAAAAUUCCUGAGUUUGCAGAACUCCAAAGUUGGCAGCAUCCCAGGAAGUCAUUUAGGACUCUAACAGCACGCUGAGAUUAGAUCCACUCAUUUUAAAAUGAAAAAUGGAUGAGAAGCGGCCGAGUUCAUUGUCUGUUCUGCUUAAAUAAUUAUUAUGUGAGCAGUGACUGGUCUGAGGUGAAAAAAAGGCUUCCGUUUUGAGGAGUCCAGUGCUGGUUUUGUGUCUCUGUGGCAGUCUGAGUGUUGUAUAUGUGAUUAUUUUGGCGACUCCCGGAGCUUCAGUGCUGUCGUGGCCUCGGAAGCAGACAGGUCAACCUGAACACCUCUUUCUUCUCUUUUCUUACGCAAGUGGUUUUCUCGCCUCUGUGGCCCUCGGCUCUCCUCUCCUCUCCUCUUCGCUGGCUCGAACACCUCACAGACUGUAGGUCAUUCACCUCAUGCCAGGGGAAAUCGCGGCCGGGGCACGCCAGUUUUAGUGUGCCACACCAGCCGAGGUGAUGUGAAAGCAGGCUAUUCACAGGGGGCGCGUCAGAGGUUAUCUAAAAUCAUCUGCUAGCUGCUCAGAAAACUUACGCUGUCACUGAGACUCAUGUUGCUCCUAUCAUCUUUAUAAUAAUCUCAUAAUCUCAAAAAAAACAUACUCGCAUGGGAACCAGGCAACAAAAGCAAGACAAAAUCAAGGUACUAUGCUUUGCCGGGCCUUGUCUGUGUUUGACAACAGAUAUAUUCCUUUUUAGAAAAGUGUGUUUCAGACUUUCGAUGUUCUCUAAAGUGUGAUGUUUAUUCUCUGAAGUGUCACUCGCUUGCUGCUAAGAGCCUCUAAAAAAACCUCUGUGGCAGACUACAUUAGUAUAAUUUAACAGACGGGCACUUUUAAAGCAUGAGAGAUUUAUAAUAUGAUGUUUAAAUGUAAAACAAUCCUCCGCUUAAAAGCAUCUGCAUGUAUUUUUCAACAACUGUCAAACCACACCAGCAGGUUUUAUUAACUCUAUUUUUUACUACCUCCUCUUAAAAAACACUAAGUUUGGUUUUAUGUGUAUCUUUGUGUGUUUGAUCCUCUGAAAAACAGCAGCUGACAACACCACCCUCCAUCCUUCAGUGCCUCUGUUUUUUCGCCUGAUGUGAUGAGGCUCUCUGCUGAACUUCAUGAUUGCCCUUUUAAGCAAACACUUAAGCAGCUACUCUUCUUUUAUCAUGGAAUGAGGGCUGUAGAGGCGAGCCCACACUGGGUGUUUUUUUUACAUUACAGGACCCCUGCUACUUCUCUCUCCGCAGGGUUCAGGUGAUUAGGGAGCCGAUCUAUGACCUGAUUUCGCUCCACCAGUUUGAGGAAUAUAUUUGUCAUCAGAGCUAAGUGAUAACUAAUCUAGCAUCGCAUUAAUACAAAGUCUGGGUGCAGAGUCUAAGUAACAGUAAAUGCUGUGGGAGAGCUCAUUUAAAUGGCUAAGAAAGCACCCAAUUAGCCUAAAAUAAUGAGCAGUUUAACAGCCACGUCUUCAUUACUCAUGCUUUGUUUGGGCUAAAUAUCAUCUGUGCUGCUUUGCUGUUGAUGUGAAAGGAUUGUUUUUCUGUUUUUCCACCUGUAGUGCAUACCUGAGAUUUUUUUCUGUUGCCACAUAUAACUAUUAUUUAUGGAAAGUGUGGAUGUUUGAUAAGAUCUUCCAGAUUUAGCUCAUCAAAUAUCCUGUUUAAAUUUUGUUUUGGACAUCUACUCAGAGACAACCUGCAAAAAAACAUGCAGAUGCUAAAUAAAUAUGUUAUUCUGCUGCCCAAACCAGAAAUAAGACAUCUGGGGGGGUCAAAACUAGUCUUGUCAGUGGAAGAAAAAAACUCCCGGUGGUAAGGUGAUGAAUUAUAUGUCUUUGUAAUGAGCUCAAAUGCUGUGUAUAGUUGACAUUAAAAGAGACAAAUGGCUGGCGGGUGAUGAGUCAUUAAAGGGGUUUGACUGGCAGUAUGAUAUAUCAGUAAUCAGUGGCACCGAUGAGCUGGGAAAUCCAAUCUGCUAAUGGGCUUGAUGGAGUGUGAAAUGUUAAAGAGGAGGCAGCAUCUUGCUGUGUGCCCUUUGUAUCUGGCUCUCAUUUCGUCAAUAAGAUCUAAGCUGCGGUGUGUUGACAGUAACUCGAUGUCUUGAUGAGACUUUGGGCUUUUAUUGGAAAAAAAAUCACUCAAAUCUCAGCCUGAAGCAUGAGACUUGUGCAGAUUCUCUCUUCUAAUUAUACCUCUGUCAACUGUUUGAGAUGAGAAGAGAACAGUGUUUUUUUUCUCUCCUGCCUCGGACUCAAAUUGCAGUGUUAGAAAAUGUCAAGGUAAGCAUUUGCUGAAGAAAUAACAGCUGCUGUUGUUUUUACAAAGGACAGAAGUAGCAUAUUUACACAGUGAGAGUCCUGCAUAAUACAGUUCAUCAUUCUCCAAUGAGGAUAAUGUGGAUCAUUUUCCUCUCACAGAAACACAGAACACAUUUAGUGCUCUUUUUUUCCACCCUAAUUUAAACUCACAGGGUUUGGAGGGACAGCAUGCAGAGCCGCUACUGAAAGAAACUUAAAAAGUGAUACUUACACUGUCAUCAAAUGGUAAUCACCUUAAUGCAAUACACUAUUGGCCUCCAUUGGAAUUCAAAUGCAGCGUUUGUUUCCAAACACAGGCUGUGAAAGGCGGUGCCAGGGUAUUGUGAUGCAUUCCAGGCUUACAUAUUGGCCAGGCUUUCUCAUCCCUCAUCAUCGGGUCUUGUAUGGGAAAAGCUUGUUUAAAAACAUCUCUAUAAGCACAGCGAAGAAGAGGAGACCCAGGCCUCACAGCAGAGCUGGCCUUCUAAAUAUAGUCUGCUGUUAGUGUCUGCGUAGGCUUAGUAUUGAUGUUUGUGCAGGUUUCAAUGGCAGAUGUCGUGGUCUGGUAUCCACAGGAGGAGAUUUAUGGGAAUAGUCCUGGAGUAUUUGACACCACAGAGGUCGGGGAUAGGGCAUUACACGAAUCAAUGGGAUUAAUUUGAUCGAGAUCUCAUGUGUAAUCUCACUGGAUAGGCUGAUUGUUUGGGGCAGUCUGAGAUGAGGAGGAUUACGAUGGUUUAGAUUAACUCCAAAAAUUCGAUGAAGGCGAGGGGGUUGGACAUAUAAUCCAACGGUUCAUAAAAAUAUCCGUCCUCUUUGUAUCUAAUCUCAUUAAUUUGUGUUUCAUACACACAAAGACUUCCGCUUCUUUGUUUUCUCCGUUUCAAAGUGAAAUAUAAACCAGAUAAGUCACUGUAAGCUCUGUUAUGAAAUAGCUGUUGUGCAUGGAUAUUCCUGCUGCAGCUGUUGUAAUUUAGGUAAUGAAAAAUGUUUGGAACAAGAUUCAUCUAUGGAGUGUGAUGAUCACUUACCAUCUGCCGCAUUCACUGGGUUUUUAAUCUACAGUACAACACAGUUGUCUCCCCUUGUCAUAUCAGCACAGCGCUCUGGAUCGAGAUGAGUUUAUCACCUUUCUCCAUAGCCUGCCCUCAAUCCCAGCCUGGAGUUGUGUACAAAAGAUUCCCUAAAACCGUGUGUCUGUGGAUAAUUAAAGCCAGGAGACAAGGGGAUUAAUUCACAAUCCCUGCGAGUCCCUCCAUAAACCUGCAACAGCGUCUCCAGGACGACUGCUGUGCCCGGGGGAAAUGAGUCUUAAUGCCGCCGGGCCGUGCAUUUGCUCACUUCAAUCUCCACUGUUGUCUGAGAACAAUGACACUGCGGAUUAAACAGCCUGCCUUCAGCACAGCGGUGGAGAUUUGGGCAGAGAGCGCAGCCCUCUCUGAACCUCAUGGGGGUGGGAGAAAGCCUGGAUCCUGUUGUUUGGUCACAGUCUGUGCAUAAAACCGCUAAUAUGUGUAAAUUUGAGAAACAUCAGCCAAUUGUUCCUUAAUUUUUUGUCAGUAUUAGGUAAAGAAGAGUUUUCGUAGAAUUGUUUUGAACACUUUUUCUCAGCGCUUACUCUCUUUUAUGACAGCAACUUGGAUUUAAUUGUUUCAAGCUCUGCCUGUUCCUCUCAGCUCUUGGCAGUUCUGCGAAUCACUCUCAAAAAAAUGUGAAGAUAAAAGAGAAAAAUGUCCCUCUGUAGUCCGCCCAUCCGUCCUAUACUGCACGACAUCUGGAAGCGUCCCUUAUCAGCGGUGUUAUUGGCAGUGGCUGUCAGUAUGGGUGCUGAUUGUGAGUAUUCUGCUUUGUGUCUCAAGGAUUUAGUUCCAGGGAAUUAGUGUGUUUUGCGAGCUCAAAUUAGAGGAUCCUUGUGACCUCUGGAAUUUAAACCUGUCCUCUGUGCGUGCCCAGUCUUGCCAUCAGUGAUCUACACUUUUUUCUUAUUGCUGUCAUUAUCCUGUAAUCCCAAACACAGUUGCUUUGCUGUGAAACCUCUCUGACCUGCAGGGUGGAAUACUGGUCUGUGUACAGCAGAGCUGACUCCAGAUUGUUUCAAUAAUUCUCCUCUGGUGAAUAGAAAAGCAUUCAUGCCAAGAGUUUUUUCUUUCUUUGUUUCUAUUGUGCAUUUUAUCCCUUUUUUUCUAUUUCCUCAGAUCUCUCAAACUUUUAUGGCAAUGCUUGACAUGAAAAAAAAAGCUCUCCUGUGAAUCUUUUUCUUGCAUGCUUCAGAAAAAAAAACUGAGCUGACUCAAAACUGAAAAAAAAAAUUGAUUUGCACAUAACUUGAUUCAAGGAGACAGUAAAGAUUUACAGAUUUAAACGUUUGACAAAGACAGCCACUGUAAAUCCACUCCAUUUAUUCUACUCUUCAGUGGUUCCCUUUGCUUCCUACCCUCUGGGUUUGUCUCCCCUCCACCACGCUAACCUCCAAACACACAUCCAGAAAGCUCUUAUUUUCUAUCUGCUCCACAUCUGCCAGCCCUUCUCAGAGCCAGAGUUUGGGCAGAGAGGAUAUGCCUUCCUCCUUUCUUCUCAGGGUAUCUGCAGGGUCGUAAUAAGUCUUUAAAAAUCGAAUCAUUUGAAUUUAAGGCCUAGAAAUGUCUAAGAUUCGCUUAAAAUCUCAUCAAAUCUCUUAAAUAUGAUUUUGAAAGGUCUUAAAAAUGUAUUAACUUUACUUACAAAUAAGUAACAUACCAUAUAAAUAAAGGUAGAUUUGAAGUUAUGUAAAAUGUUCCAAUUUCUCUUCAUGUCUUUUGUACUUUUUUGCAGGCAUGGAUGUAAAAUGGGUCUUAAAUUGUUUUCUUUACGGUCUUGAAAAGUCUUAAAAGUCUUAAAUUUGACUUGUUGAAACCUGCAGAGACCCACCUCUUGCUGUCAUCUCCUGUUCAGACAGAGAUUACAGUACCAUCCCUUCGCCCUUCCUUCCUCCCCACUGCCUCCCACAAAACUCCCAAUUACCCCCCAUCAUAACUUCUCUCCCCUAACUUCUGCAUACAGUCCCGGCUGUAAAUUCUGAAGCGUGCUGGUGUUACGAGCCAGUUAAAGCGAGAAGACUCCUGGCCUGUCCUCCAUAGAAAUGGGGCAUAAAGUAAAGAAAGCAAUAAAGCACAUUCCUCAUAAAGUGGGACUGUUUGGUUACUUUCCCUCUCCUUGGCCUCAUUAAGAAGCUAUUACUUGUUCAAGGUGCCCCAUAUUAAUCCAUGGAGGCAGUGUCAGUGUCUCACUGUAUCAUAUAUGAUCGUUCUCAUUAACCGUGCAGAGGCGCCAGAGUACACAGUGUGAUUUUUUCUUUGUUUGGUAACAUCUGGAUUAAAUAUGGUCCACCUAAGCACAUCAGCGCGCAGGUUUUUGAGUUCAUACUCAUACUGAGUUGCAUGGACAUUCACCAGCCGUGUCCAAUAUGUUGCUUACAUUUCCCUUCUUUAUCUCUGGUCCAAAAAAGAAAAAGAAAGAAAUAGCCGGCCUUUUGUUUUCCAAACAGACACACUUUUUCAUGAACUCUGUAUCUAUUUCACUGUGAACAUUCUUGGAAAGAAGAAAUUCAAGAAAGGAACUAAGUGAAAUUCAGGACAUCUGUUACUCGCUCUAGGUCAUCACCAAAUGCUUUGACUGCUGCUCAUGAAGCCCAAGUCUGUCUGAGUGGCAGGAAACGCCUGGAGGGAUUGGAACAUCUCACACUGUUGUGCAGGUUUCUUAGAGUCGUCUGACUUACCAUCUCUGUUUGUCUGUUUCAGCUGCCUUUCUGGGAGACAUUGCCCUGGAUGAGGAGGACCUGCGAUCGUUCAAAGUGGACAGAAUCAUAGAUUUGGCUCAGAGAACCGUCCACACUGUUAAUCACACAGAGACAGGUAUGACUCUUUUGGCUUUUUAGUUGGUAAGAAAAACAAUCAUUUAAAAUGGAAGUAUUUCCUGUUGAAGGAUAUUUUCUAUUGAAGGGAUAUUUAACUGUGAAACUGCUCAUAACUAAGAGCCAACAGUAGCAUCUGCCAAAUAGCAACUUGGUGAUUUUUCAACUGUAAUGCUCCUGCUGGAUAUUUUAACACCAAUAUCACCACGUUCAAGAUAAAAAAUUUCCAGGCUUUGUCAGGUAAAACUUUCCUAAAACGAAAAGCUGUCCUGAAGCAACAGCUGUGAGUCAACAGAAACCAAAAGUCUUCGAAAUCCUGUAAAGCCAAGGUGAGCAUGAACCGACAUGAGCGUGCAUGUCGGUGUCUGUGCCUGGAACAUUUCAGUUUGCCGUUUCACCAAAGCUAAUGAGCAUGUUGAGGUAAAGAGAGAUUUAAGAGGAUUAAAAAUGCAUUUCAACUGUGCUUAAAAUAUCCACCGAGCAAGAUUAAUUUCAGACUAAACUGAUCUCUGGGACAGGGAUUUGAGGGGGGACUCGAGGCUGCAGACAGUGUGCACGAUCUUCUCUAAACACUCAGCUGUUGUCAUGAGCAGGUUAUUGAAUGCUCAGCUAAUUGACACGUAGGCCUAAUGGAAGAGAUUCUCUAACAUAGUCAAAUCUCUGCUCUGAGCUGUCACAUCCCCUUCAUUAAUGAAAAAGGCCAUCAAGUUCAACCAAUAAUGCCACUAAAACGAUGAUAACACUAACAGUGUGUCCUGUCCCGUAAAGAAAAAAGGUUAAGAUUUAAUUGUGUUAUUGUGAUUAACACAUCUUCCUCAAGUUUUGUCUCCUUAGCGCUCUUUCUUAUCAGUUAGCCGAGGAGAUUUGGCUGUUAUCUGACUUUUUCUCAACACAUGCACAAGUGUGGAUGUGCUAAUUGAUCUCUGCAGGCUGCUAAGAUUUACUCCUGCGGGCUGAAAUUCAACAGAACACAUUGUUCAACUGAAGGGAAAAAAAUAGUGCUAACUCCCUUGCAUCUUAAUCAAAUUUAGUAUAAAAUAAGAUAAAGGCUGGUGCUGUUAUUAGGGAACAGCAACCUUUGUGCACAAUGUACUGAAACCAGAUGUACUUGUUUUGUUGCUACAGCAGUGCUUAUAGGAUAAAGAGCUAUUUAUUGUGAAACCAGCAGGUUUUAGCUCGUGGCCUUCAUCGGGGUCAUUCAGGUGAAGUUUCACAAUGAUGUUAUUCUGUUAAAGAGUUUACACCCGAGGAGACAAAUUCACUCUUCUACACAUCAUUAAGGUAGAUUAUUCAUUAAACUCUGAUAACCAACAGAGGUAAAUAAGUGAUUGUGCAUGAAUCAGAUGAUCUCUAUUGAAGUGUUUGUGAAAAACCAACAAAUUAAUUUGCUUGAGCAUCUUCAAACUGAGAAAAAUCAUCAUUAAAAAGCCGUUUAAACACAUAAAUCAUCAGUUUACAUUGUUUGGUGAGACGGGGAAAUGAAUAGAUGAGAAAUCAAAAGGUAGAAAAGAAAAAAAUGACUCUGUUAUAUACAUAUUUUCCAUUGUAUAAUUAUAGAUUACACUACAAACUGAACUGAAAGCUUUUGUUUUAAGCUGUUGAAGUUUUCUCGCUGACAAAUAUUUACCCCUAAGUCUUAAAGAGGAAGAAGUUUAUUUUGAUUUAGAAGGAAACAUGUAUUGCAAGAUGUUUAGUCAAAAGUCAACAUUAAUGUCUGUUAAAGGUCAGAAAGUCUCAAAUCGUUCAAUAUUAUUCCUGGCUGCGGUUCACACUGCGUGUUAACAGUGCCUUCCUCUGUAUUUCAACAUGUUUUCUCCUGUUAAAGUGGAAGUUGCUUUAGGAAACAUUGUGCUUAUUCAUCACUUUACAAAGUUGAUAUGGUGCAACACUUAAGGGCAGUUCAGGAUGACAAAUGUGUGUUUGACAUCUUGAUCAACCUUAAACUUUUAAUUUUGAACCUGUGGUUAUAAACAUACAAGCUAAGAACUGAAUGAAAACUUGCGUAGUUAAAUGUUUGAUUUGUCCUCUCUCAUGAGUGUUUUUUGGAAAAUAAAGUUGUUGACGUUUUCCUGUAACUUCCUAUCUACUUGGAUUCAAAUAGCAGUUAUAAUUGCUUCUUUCUAAGUUCUGUCUGUUCUGCAGCCUAAUGGGUAAUUUGCUGUGUGUGGUUCAUAUAGGGAUGUUUCUUAUUAUAAUCACCAGGUUUAGGUGGGAGAUUAGUCUCCAUGGUUACAGCGCAGUAAUGUGCGUUUGACUGACAUUAAAAUUAUGAAACUAAUUUAAAAGAAGAAAGAAAAAGCUUUAAUAAAAACCUUUGUUCAUAAAAGGACAAACAAACGUCUCUAUUAGGGAGUGGAUAUAAUUUCCAUAAUGAAACUCACUAAUUAGAGUUUCUGAUGAAUGUACUGUAGUUUUAGGAUAAAAAAAAAGUCUUUCUAGUCUUCCGUGGGGCGGUGGAGCUUAUUUUCUCAUUCGUGAACAUUUGCUGUGUUGAACAGAGACAUCAAUAGUUCACCUUUGUUUUCUUAAUUUUCAAACCUUCAGGAUCAACCAAUCAAAGUAUCCAAAACAGGCAGGGCUCACACCGCAGGAAAAGAGCCGCCACCUCCAGACCUGAGCGCGUUUGGCCUGAAGGUGUUAUUCCCUAUGUCAUCAGCGGGAACUUUAGUGGUAAGUCACACGUCUUCUACUCUAACUUUUUUGGGAAAUGUUACAUCUGCUUUUGGAUUAAAGAAUAAGAUACAUGUACGAACUAAAACAUCAUAGAUAAUAAGAGGACGAUACAUCUAUUCUCCAAAGGUCAUUGAUUUUGAAACUAGGGUUGCUUCAAAACACAACAUGGUGUCUUGUUUUUGUAACCAGACAACCACUAUGAUUCUCAUUUAAGAGAAGUGCUGAUGCAUAAUCUGUAAACUAAACUAAUCCCUUAUUCCUUGAAAAGAAAGAGUAGAGAAAUACCUUAAAAAUGUUAUAUGAUUGGAGAUUGGUCGGGUAACUGAGCAUGGACAAAAUGAGAUUUCAUUUUUCAUACAACCAUCAAAUGUUAUGGGACUAUAAUCCCAAAAUAUGUUCACAUCACGGUUAUACAAAUCCAAAUGAGACCUCAUUAACAGUGCAGUCGUAAAAGUGUUUCCAGCUGUUGGCUCCUCCAUUCAUUCAUCCCUCCUCUACUAUAAAAUGCUGUGUUUGCGUGUGUGUCUGUGUGUGUGUGUUUCUAUCAUCGACCUCACCCUCUCUCAUCUUAUUCAGGCAGCCAGCGGGCGAUAUUCCGCCAGGCCAUGCGACACUGGGAGAAGCACACCUGUGUGACCUUUAUUGAGAGGACACAAGAGGAGAGCUAUAUUGUCUUCACCUACCGACCAUGUGGGUGAGUCAGUGGGGUUCUGAGCUCCCACAAGAAAAAAAACGAAACAAUGGUCACCCUCUGUUGAGCCUUUGCUGUCUACUUCUAAUUAUUUAGCGCUCCAGAACUUUUCGCUACUUCCUGCUUAGCAUCCCCUGACUAUUGUUCAUCAUCCCUGUCCACGGUCUCUAAGUGAGUUGUUAUUUCAGCCCCCUGCAGGUCCUAAGAGAGGAGGCUAUUCAGUGGCCUGGAAUGUCUCCUGCGCCUCAUCAUCACCCUUCAUCCGUCACUGACCACUUUGUGUCAUGCAUGAUGCGUAGAAUUGCUCCCAAGGGCGAGAUUUCCUCAACCUCCCCAUAACCCUAUGUUUUUACCACACUCGGCUGAAGUUCGUCUCAGUGUCCACUCAGCAUUUCCUCUCAAACACACACUCAAGGGAAGCUCUGCUUGUGGCUCUUGUUGUUGCUAAGCGACAAUUGACAGUCUGUUUGGACAUGCAGGGCUGUUUUCCAUGUAAUGAUAAAAUAUUUUUAGAUAAAAGCACUUGCUGCUGUUUUGGAACACAAACCAGCACAACCUUUUAAUUUUAGGUUCUGAGCAGAAAAGAGGCCAAAGCUAUUAAACGCAGUAUUAGAGCUUCUCAGGGGACGCACGAUCCUGAAAUGUUCCCAUGUUUUAACCUCACACAGAUUUAGAGCACAAGCUGGAACUAUUAUGUCAUUACACACAAUGUACCUCUCCUACUGAUAUGCAUCAUUCAAAACAAACAGUCUAACAGAAAGCGGAUGCAGGUCAUGAAACUUCUUUCCUUCGAGCCAACUGUUGAUAGUCAUUUUUAGCCUGGCCUCUAGCGCAACAGGGAUGACAUUAUCCACGCAGGCAGCAGCGGUUAGCAGUGGGAAUGCUUGGCUCUGCUGCAUAUUCAGCAGGCCCCCAUCUGUCUUGUGCAAAGUUCAAGGCGUGUCUCAGGAGAGACUGGCUCAGCUCGCAGUAAUUAGAGAGCGGCUGUCUGGCCCACAGGGCAGUGAUGUGUGUGCCCGUCCUCCAGACUCCCACACUGACCCUUUCAUGUCACGCUGAGAUGGAGCGCUUGCAAGCCAGCUAGCCCCUACCGUCACUCCGGACAUUUGCAUUGGCAAGCGGAUGAAUGAAUGUCACCGCUGUAUGUGUGGAAGACAGGGUCGCCAUGUUCAGCUCUCCCGUAAAACAGACCCCAAAACUGCUUUACAUGUGUACAGAGCAGGAUGAAACAGGCCAGGAGGUAUUAAAGAGCCAGGGACACAUUCUUCCUCUCUCCUGGGAAACACGACUUUUUGGCCCCCUGCUUUAGUUUCCACUCCCUUAUUAGUGACACCGAGUCUAGCCGCUUUAUUUUGGCUCUUGUCAAUAGUGCCUCUUUGUUUUUGUGCCCGGCUGCUGAAUCACAGGUGCUGCUCCUAUGUGGGUCGUCGAGGAGGGGGUCCCCAGGCCAUAUCCAUUGGAAAAAACUGUGACAAGUUUGGCAUUGUGGUGCACGAGUUGGGUCAUGUCAUCGGAUUCUGGCAUGAACACACAAGACCUGACCGGGACGAACACGUCAGCAUUAUCCGGGAUAACAUCCAACCAGGUAGGCGCAGAGGUCUCUCAGCAAUAAUGGAGGAAAGAAGCAGUGAGACAAAAUAAUAAAAGUACACACACAGGAUGGUUGACAAAGUUCCCGCUCAUGCUCACUCAGCUUGUGAAUUGUACUAAACCAGGUGUUUUUAGAGCCAGACAACCCAAUACAAGCCUGUAACCAUGACAUAGUAUCCAGGCUGGAGGCCAAACGCUCAAUUCUUAAUCAUUCUGAAAAGCCUGGAGUGUCUGGGGCUCAUUUGUAUCUGUAGCUUUAUUGUGUCUUUCAGACAGAGUACAACCGAAUUCACCUUUAACUUACACACAGGAGAUUGCAAUGUAUGACUCAGUCCUGUGUUCCAACUGUUCUCCCUGUUUCCUCUCUCUCUCUCAGGGCAGGAGUAUAACUUUCUGAAGAUGGAGCCGGGGGAGGUGGACUCUUUGGGAGAAGUCUAUGACUUUGACAGUAUCAUGCACUAUGCCAGGAAUACAUUCUCCAGGUAGGAGCCAAGCCAAGCUCCACGUCAUGCACUCUCGACGUUAAAACUGGUAUCUGAUCAAGUCAAGCGGAGCACUUUCCUGCUCCGCUGCAACCUUUUAACCCAUCUUGUUGUUUUCCAUUUCUGCUGAUAGUCAUUUUUUUAUCAUCAUUUUACAACUAUAUUGAUCUGUAAUGCACCGGGUCUGUGCCUUUGGACUGCUGCUGAGUAAUGUGGCAGAAAGAAUGAAACACUUAAUUCCCCUCAUUAAUAAAUCACUCCAAGACUAACAUGUAGCCUGAGGACAAAGAGACAGAAAAGGAUUACUGUUCCUUGAAUGCCUGUCUUGAAUCUCAAUGAUUUUCGUCACUAUUAGAGUUCAAGAAACAGGUUUAUUUGUAAAGGUUGGUCAUUCAUGGGUGUUUAUAAAGUCGCUGCUACAAGAGCUUUAUUUUGAAAGAGACAGUCUCCUCGUCUUGCCAGUUUUUCCCAGUCACUCUUGGCUGAAAGUCCUUAAGAGACUGGGAAGCACUACUGUGAUUUAUGUAAUAUUUGGACUAGAACUAAACACUUAUUGCUGUUUUGAGAACAACGAGGUUCAAAAACUAUCACAUGAAAUGACUUCUGACAUCAUCUGUUUUUGCUGUUCCUUGCAUCUGGAACAGUAUCUUUUAACCGUUCAGCAAAUGUGAAAUCAAUGCAUUGUGUCAAAUUUAUGAAAAUUUAACACCUCUUGGUGUUAAACUUGAAUGGAUUCUUUUUUUUCUUGGAAGUGAAAGCCAAGUUUUAGUAGUCAUAGUAAAAGUGCCAGCUUCUUCCUACAGCCUGUUCAAAUUAAGGCUCCUCUCCUCUGUUCCUGCUGCUUUAGCAGGAGCUGCAGCAGCAGCGGUCCCUGUAAAGCAGCACUAGUCCUGGUCCUGCUGCUGAGCUAGCAGUUAGAGUAGCCGUGUUUCAUCCUAACAUAGCUUCUACUUUAAAGGCUAUGUGAAGUUUCUUGUAAAAGUUGUGCCUCAAACUAUACAGACCACCUCAUUAUGUCCCUGAUGGCCCUUUGAAGCAGCUCUGAUGAUUAUUAGCAUUACGUUCACCCAAGGCUGCUGCAGGAACUCAGAUAUAGUUUCACGUCUGCUGCAAAGCCUUUACAGCACCUUCACAACUCUUGUUAUAAUAAUGAAUAUCCUGUAUAGGGCUGGGCGAUAAAAUGAUAACAAUAUAUAUAUAUAUAAAAUUUAUUUCCCUUGAUAUCAAUGUAAAACAUGGUCAAUAUCGAUUCCAUAGUCUGCAUUCUGCCAUGUUUUGGUAGAUUAUACGAAUAGCCAAUGAAAAGGUGAGUUGCCCCGGGUCCGCACCAAUCAUGUGCUGAAUUAGAACCAAGUAAAAAACAACUGCGUUGUAACAGGCUGCAGCUACACGCAACCAUAGCACUUUAACAGGUGAAGCCGACAGCACUGUCAGUGAGGAAAAAAGGAAAAUGAGUGCUACCCCCGGCAGAAAUGCAGAUGAAGGCUCAACAGAUGAUGACAUCGUCGACAACACUGGCUUGAAAACGUCGGUGGUGUGGAGGUAUUUUGUUUUUUGAGGUCAGAAAUAAAGCAGAGUAAUGUGCACUACAAAUUAUGUCGAGUACAUGUUCCCGCUAAGUCGGGAAAUACCUCAAAUCUUUUUCACCACUUGAAGCAGUGACACGCGGCAGAACACAGGCAAUGCAAAAGUUUACAAACCCAGAGCGACACAAGCACGAAGCAGCCCAUGGCGCUCGUGCAGCCGAAACAACCGACCAUUCAUUCCGCUUUCUCUAGCGCAACGCCUUACGACAAAACAUCUUAGAGACACAAAGACCUCACAGAUGCAGUAGCUUAUUGAAUUGCUAAAGACAUGCUACCAAACAGCACUGUUAAAUUUCAUUUAAGGGUAACAGGGAACAUUUAAGAUUGACAAGUGAUUUUUUUUAUACCGUGAGAUAAAUCAUGAAAAAAAUAUAUAUAUCGUGAUAAACUUUUUUCUAUAUCGCCCAGCCCUAAUCUUGCAGCACAAUUUGGAUCAACCCUUGAUCAGGUCCUACAGAUAGCAGAGAAUUGAGUUGUGUAAGAAGAUUCACUAAACUGUAAACUUGUGUUUCUUGGACUUCGGACUGUGGACAAAUAAAUAGACCAAAACGGCUGAACUUAGAGACCCAUAUGUAUCCAAAUUUGGUCUUAAAAUGUGGGACAGUGGAAACAUGCUGCAUAGAGGAACUUCUGUUAGUAAAAGCAGAGCCGUGAAUGUGUCAUACUUAUAAUGGCACUUAAUUUUGUUGCCAGCUGACCUCAUUCAGUACUCCCUGACGGAUGUGACAGGAAGUCCCUCCAGAUGUUGUGGUGUCAUGGACUUGGAAAAAAACAAUCCCUGUGGCAAACAGCGGUCAGUCUGGACUGUAAUUCUAGUUAUCUCAGACGGUUUCUAAUUGGAUGUGCGAAUCACUUUUGGCCUGUUCGGCUGUUUUUCUAUAGGUUGUUAAUAGAAGUCCUGGUCUUUAUUACAAGUAUUAUUACAUUAUUAACCAGCUAUGCUCCUGCAGAGCCAAAACUAACCACUGAGGAGAAAAUGGAUCGGACUGAGCUGAUUCUUUUUACAUUAUGUCCUAAGCUGUGUCCAACAUACUUACCCUGAAGUUGUAUAAAUAUUAUUGUUACCUCCUGCUCAGUUUCAUGUAUGUAAACUUUAUUGUAAAGGUAAACAGCUUAGAGAAAUCUUUGGGAUAGCGUCAGGAGCGGUCACUUUAACUGAACAGUGUUUUAUCUGUUGUAAAGGAGUAGAUUUGACAUCCAGAACGGCAGAGCCGGUGAAAUGGGAUCCACGGGCACUCAUGAUUUAAAGAAAGAACAGGGAGUCUUGACUCAUGUCUACCUCACUCUGAUAUGAGAACCAGCUGUUAGCCCAUCCUGUUGUACGGAUUCGUCAUCUGUAUAUUUUUCACUUUCGGCUCUCUCAUGCCCUGUGUGACUCUCUUAGUGUGCCGGCCUCUUCCCAAAUCAACUGCCAUACUCCUGUGGCAAACAGAUUCUGGGAAGCAGAGAGGGGAUCUUUGUUUAAGCAGAGGCUGCAGCUGGGUGUAGGCCAAUGUACAGAAAUGCUUGUCAAGCGCAUUGCAUCUAACCCCAUAGGUCAAAAAUGCACCUCAUGCUGAAUGGAGCUGAUAUAUCGCACUCUUUCUUUUUGCAGGAUUUGAUUCUGGGUUUUUAAUGAAAGGUGAAUGUGAGAAUACGGUUACUUAGCAUACAAAUUAGAAAUAAAAAACACUUUCUUAGCUUAGGAGAGUCUUCUGCAUCUGAUGAUUUUUAUUUUUCUACAAAAAAUCUUGUAGAUGGGCUUAUCUCAUAUUGAAUGUAUGAGUGCUCAGACCUGAAAGACAGUCUAUCCUUGUAAUUGAUUGAGCUCUUAGAUGUAGAUUUGGUCUUAUCGUGUUUUAGAUAGACAUUUCUGGUAUGCAUCUCCGCUUGUCAUAUUUUCGUCAGCUAAUUUUUCUUUCCCUGGUUCUGUUUUUGCUCAAACUCUUGACUCUGUCUCUGCCCUACUUCGUGGAACUGUGUUGAUCAACAAGAGUGUGGAGACACGAGAGGGGAAUGGCCGUGGCUGCUGGGGAAUGUUUCACAGAGCUAUAUUAGCAGACAAGGGGCUCCUGUUAGCUUUUCACAAGUCAUCCCUAGCACUUUUUCUCCUGAGCACUGAUUGGCUGAUGUACCUGCGCCAGUGUUUUUUUCUUUGUUAGCCCAUUAUUAGCCGGGGUGUUCGCUCUGUGUUUUACAGUAAAUCACCGUGGGAAGCCAGGGCCUUUGCUGAGGAUGUUGUUCUGAAGAUUUCAUGGCUUGUCUUGAUGUUUUUCUAUGUCUCUUUUCUUGGGGACAAGUAGGCCUGAUCCCCAUGCCUUUUUUGUCUGUGGCGUGUUACCCGACCCACAACUCUGCACACCCCCCUCCUUCACUGCAGAGACAUUUUUCAGUGCUGGUGCAUGGAGCGGUGCCAACUCAAAUAGAGACCUGCCAGUGUGCCCUUUGUCUGCUCUGACACUGGCUGCAGUGGCGUUUUUCACCAGCAGCCAGCAUAGGGGCUCCUAGAGACUCUCGGACAGACACACAGGCAAGUAGGGUCUAAACUGUUAGCUCAGGCUGCGAUGUUUGCACAUGCCUGGCGUUGAUAGGCAUGUCACCAUGGGAACGGCCACGGAGCCAGGUCGUUGCUCGCCAGUACUACAGGAAAAUGGAGAUGAUAAACUAGAAAAGAGUCAUGUGACACAACUGUGUGAGAAGAGGAUUCACUGAUCUCUCUUUUUAAGUUCCACAGAGGCCGCACCUGGAUGUUUUAUACAGUUUUCAUUUCAGACUUCAAACAAAACAUCUGGCUGUUGUUCGCUCGCCUGCAUUUCUCGGCUUAUGCCGUUUAUUAAGAUUGCACAAUAACUCUGGAAAAAGAGUUAAAGCUCUACGUUUGGGUCCAUCUGUAUCACAGACACGUGUGAGAAAGAUGAUGUCAGCAGUAACUUCAGAAACAGGCUGUGUGACCCCUGACCACAAAGGGGGGUGUGAUAAGUAAAGGCAGUUGUCCAUCUGUUGUAAUUUAAACCGAGAUUAGUAGAUAAAACAAUCGUAAAGCAAACAUAAAUUUGUUUUCUUUUAUUGCCACAUGGAAAAAGUUACAUAAGUACCCUCACCUGAACUCGGAGACACACACACAUACUUCUGUGAAUGGUGGCGAGAGAUGAAGGAGGGCAGGGUGAGUGCAGCAAGAAACCACAUGGAAAAGUGGUCGGUGUGAUUGUUUUCUUUUCUUUCCAGGUUUUUAGUAGCGAACAGAUCUGCAGUUGUCACCAGCGAUGAAGGGCUCAAUACUGGCUGUUUUAUACUGGCAAUGCUUAUUAUUGCAUCUCUUCAUCCUCAGUCAAUGGCAGUAGUUUAGUUUAUGUUGGGAGACAAAGAUAUAAACUGAUGAUAGUGAAUAAUGUCCUUGCGAAGACAUGACAUAAGGUGUGCGUGCAUGUAUUAAUGUCAGUCCCUCUUGCUGAAUUACAGAGGCAUCUUCCUGGACACCAUCCUGCCACGCUACGAUGUCAACGGUGUGCGACCACCCAUCGGCCAGAGAACCAGACUGAGCAAAGGGGAUAUCGCACAGGCACGCAAACUCUACAAAUGCUCUAGUAAGACUUAAAUGACACAUCCUGUCUGCUGUGGGUUUUUUCCUGACUAUUUUUGAACCUGUGCAACACUGCCCUGAGAGAGAGAAGCCUGGCGUAGCUCACGCUGUGCAGAAAUAGCCACGCAUGUACUCUUGAUGUGGUGCGGCUCUUUUGGCUGCAACGUCCGAGAAUCCCAAGCUAGGGGGGAGUGUAAACACUACCCAAGGACAGGAAGUUUGUCAUCACGCUUUGCCAGAAAGACCCGAGCGAACAGCUGUGAUUGAGAAGAACAUGACGAAAAAAGGAUCGUUGGGAACAGCACUUAUGUCUGAACAUCACAGCUUGUACAAUGUAAACUGUGAGACGAUACACUAAGGAGCGUUACAUAAGUCUUUUUUGUGAACCGUUCACUUUGUUUAUGCUUCCAGAGAGGAGACAGACCACUUAAUGCUGUUGGAGUGAACAGGAUUUAUUGCUUUAACAGAUGUACAUUGAGAACAGUCCCUAUCGGAUAGAUUUGAUGUCAGACAGUUAAACUGUGGGUCAGGCUGGGACAAGCAAAGCUGUCAGCCUUAUUUUAACAUUAAAUGAAUCAACAUGGUAACCAUUUCUGGAUCUGCCAGUGUGGUUCCGGCUUAGGAAUGAAAUGUUAACCCUACAAAAGUCUCUUCCUUUUACAAAAUUCUCUGUUUUUUGAGUGCGAAUCUGAAUGGAUGAUGUGACUCACUUUGAGUGAGGUAGUGAGUCUCAAAAACUCCGAAUAGAGCCACAGAUUUCCCAUUCACACAGCAUUCCUGUCAGAGUUUGUCAUCCCCCAUAUGUGCCCAAGUGCUUGUUAAAAGGGUUCGUAAUUGGCAAACCUCUACCUAUUAUUAUCACGUGCAAACGCUUGUUUUACUGCUCACGACUGAAUUCGUAGGAAAGCAGUGAACCCACAGAGUUUUUGAAUAAAUGUAUAUACAGCACUCGAUAUUACGUUCCCUCUAUCAGCUCCUCUCCUCUACCUCGCAUUCAUCAGUCCCUGCACGCUUGUACACUUACUUUUUGCCAGUCAAACUAAGACUGUUUUCUCACCAGCAACACGUACAUAAUGCAUCACAUCCUCUAGAGAGCUGGGUUAUUUAUAGUAGACCAGGUUUAUUUUAAGAGGAUGCUCACUCUCUCUUUCUAUUCCUUUGUGUGAUCCUCAUCUGGAGUAGGUAGGGGGAAGGGGUGAGGUUGAGUGCAUGGUUGUGGGUGAAUAUUAUCAGCAUAUGUGCCACUGGACAUUAAAGAGCUGUCUAAUAUUUUAGUAUAACAACUCCAGCUCUGAGCAUCUGAAUUGAAUCUGAUCUGAUUGAAUUUGAGUGGCUUAAGUGUUUUCAGGCAGAGUCUAAUUGGCAGUGUGUUUUGUUCAUGGCCGGAGCCUCACGUGCGUGUUUGGUCUGUGUGUGUUUGUUUCAGGAUGUGGGGACAGUCUGCAGGACAGCAGUGGGAACUUCUCCUCUCCUGGAUUUCCAAAUGGAUACUCAGCGUACAUGCACUGCAUAUGGAGGAUAUCAGUCACACCAGGAGAAAAGGUAUGAGUGAGUGGAAAACACAACACCAGGACUUAUUUCACGUUUAAAGGUCAAUGUAAUGCCUUUGUUACUCCUUAUUUUUGUAAAACCAAUAAUCGCUUUAUCUUUUGUUUCUUAGAUCAUUUUGAAUUUCACCUCCAUGGAUUUGUACCGGAGUCACCUGUGUUGGUACGACCACGUGGAGAUCAGAGAUGGAUACUGGAGGAAGGCGCCGCUCAAAGGUCAGUCAUAGUGACAGAAUUAUUAUUUUUCUGUGGGUUUAAUUUUUUGCUUUUGCUCAACAAAAGUUGGAAAUUCAAAGUUAAUCAGCUUUCGAUCAUAAAAGCAAAAUAAAGUCAGUAUUUAUUCCUCAGGUCAGACAGCAUGCUUGUUUUGAGUUGUUGAAAUAUGUUCAUUAUGUACAAGAAACUAGAAGCUAAAGAUCUUGAUUGAUUUGUAACCAAGUACAAAAUAAAACUUUUCAGGAAAUCAAACCAUGAUUAUCAAUCUAUUAUUAAUCUGCCAAACACUGAAGAGUAAAAUUUAAGCUGCUUGUACACUUCUGCCUUUGUGUGCAUCUGAGUUCUCUCCUCUAGUGAAUUUCCACUGAAGUAGAGAGCCGUGUAGUGGAAUUUCAGAGCUAUCCCAGUUGUCACAAUGAUAAAAUCUUGCUAUAUGUGUGUGUGUCCUCACCUGUGGCCCAGGUCGUUUCUGUGGUGAUAAGCUGCCUGAACCAAUCAUCUCUACCGACAGCCGGCUGUGGAUUGAGUUCCGCAGUAGCAGCAACUGGGUGGGAAAAGGUUUCUCCGCCGUUUAUGAGGGUAAGCACCGGUUACCCCGACCUCCCUGAACCCCAUUCCAGUACGAAGCUCAGCUGACUGAACGCAUGGCUGCUCACACGUCCAACAAUGUGCCUAGAAGCUGCAGUAAUAUCCACAGCUUUUUGGCUCCCCUACUGCUGAUGUGUCAGGCUCUUUACGCUGCAUUAAUCAGACUUUGGCCAGCCCUCACAUUCAGCUCCAUUGUUUCCAGACCGUGCGAAGGGCUUGUGUGUAUGUUUGCGUGUGUGGGAACUGGUGGAGGUAUUUCAGCUAAUCCACGCCGCGUUAAUCAGAACAGUGAGCACACCGGGCCAUGUGCUGAUGACAUUGUGAUCAAGGGUGUUAAAUAUUGCUUAUAUUGUUUUUUUCUGUCACAUGCAGCCAUCUGCGGCGGGGAGGUGAAGAAAGACAACGGGCAGAUCCAGUCCCCCAACUAUCCUGAUGACUACAGACCGAACAAAGUGUGUGUGUGGAAGGUUACAGUAGCUCAGGGCUACCAUGUAGGCCUCACCUUCCAGUCUUUCGAGGUGGGACACUUAUCCCUUUGCUAUAGAUACUUAAGAUACAUGAAGUAAUACUGUGUGUUUUUGUUCAAGAUCAUUUAAGCUGAUAUCCCACUCUAACUUUUCCCAGAUUGAGCGACAUGACAGUUGCGCUUAUGACUACCUGGAGGUCCGGGAUGGAAAUUCUGAAAACAGCCCCCUAUUGGGCCGCUUCUGUGGCUACGACAAGCCAGAUGAUAUCAAAACCAGCUCCAACCAGCUGUGGAUGAAGUUUGUUUCAGAUGGCUCCGUCAACAAGGCCGGUUUUGCUGCCAACUUCUUUAAAGGUCAGAGUUCAAGGGUCGUAAAGUCUCAUGUGACGUGUUUCGGUGCUCAUCUGUCUGUUGUUAGUAGUGUGCAGUGAUUUCACAUGUUUUUGUUUCACUCGCACAGACAGAUCCUGUGUGACCCUUCUUGACUGGCCCUGCUGAUGUUUUGUAGAGUCUCUCUCAUAAACCAGUGAGCCAGGGGGGCCGGCGAGCAGGGUCCUAACAUAUCUUUGUGUUUUCAGAGAUGGAUGAGUGCUCCAAGCCGGACAACGGUCGCUGUGAGCAACGUUGUGUCAACACACUGGGAAGCUACAAGUGUGCCUGUGACCCAGGCUAUGAACUGGCUGCUGACAAGCGCAGCUGCGAGGGUAAGUACAGGGAAAAAAGUCACCAGCUCUGCUCACGAAUCAUGUAACUCGCAUGAUAGAGCUCCUCAAACAGUAAGCCAUCCAAAUACAAUAAGCCCAGUCAUUCUGUAAAGCCAGCAGUGAUGCCCAUGCUGGCAGAGCACUGUCUUUUAAAGAUUAGGGUCACAACAAUGCAAACACUAUUUUUAGCUCAAAUUACAUGUUGUUGUUUAAGACCUAACUAUUAGUAUAAAUGCUGCAGAGUAUCUGGUUUACCACUUAACCACUGGCCACUCCCUCCUGAGGAAGUCAGCUGUCACUGCAGCUUAACUAUGUCUGCAAAUACCUGUAUGUAGCACGUUACUGUAAGUAGCUUGAGUAAAAAACACUGAGCCUUAAGAACCAAAAGAGCAUUAAAGACUUUUAAUUUAAAAAAACAAUUUUAGAUAAAAAUAAGUAAACACAAGAAAUGGAGAUAUCUUGAAGACUUAAAAACAGGCAACUGGACUGUGUAGAGUUGAGAAGACGUUUCGCCUCUUAUCCAAGAAGCUUCUUCAGUUCUAAAAUUGCUAGUGUGAGGAGCAGAUAUUUAUCUUACUGGAGAAGGGGUCAGGGAACUGAAGAAGCUUCUUGGAUAAGAGGCGAAACGUCUUCUCAACUCUACACAGACCAGUUGCCUGUUUUUAAGUCUUCAAGAUAACCAUGACCUGGAUGAAUGAGAAUCUACAUGGACAAGAAAUGGAGAUGAUCCAAAAUACUAUCCUUAUUGAAGAGCAAAGGUUCAAGAACAUAACAAGAUUAGACUGGAGUAUAUUAGAAUUUAAUAUUUUAUAUAAUUUAUAUUCAACCUCUGCAUAAAAACAGAACAAAAGAGAAAAUGUGUUUUUUGUUAUGAGCGUAUUGCAUGUCAAGAGGCUACAUAUCUUAAAUUCUGAACUAGGAAAAUUCAAGAAUCAUGAAUAAUUCAUUUAAAUACAAAAGAAAAAAAACUUUAGAAACAAUAUUCACUUCCAUCGUACAACUCUGCAGUCCAUCAACAUCAUGUCCAGCCAGGUGGUGACAAUCACGCAUCUCUUAAUUUGAGCUAAAAAUAGACACGUGAGGGAAUGGGAAACACCAGUUGUUUUAACAUGUUGUGCGUUGCAUAACCGAUGCAAAGCUUCCCCUCAGUUCACACACGCAGGUCAGGCAGUAAUCUGGGUUUAUUCAGGACACAGGGGGGAUAUAUCACACGCUUUGUUUCAGCUGAAUAGUUCCUGACAAACAUGCACUCGGAGACAUAUGGUGAUAAUAUAUUUCUCUUUUCUGCACAUCUUAAUCUCCAUUAAACAAACUAUUUCGCUUAUAUCUUCCUAUGUUGUUUGUUCUGUCUAGCUGCUUGCGGAGGCUUCAUCACCAAGCUGAAUGGGUCAAUCACCAGUCCCGGCUGGCCCAGAGAGUACCCCCCUAACAAGAACUGCAUCUGGCAGCUGGUCGCCCCAACUCAGUACCGCAUCACUCUGCUCUUUGACGUCUUCGAGACUGAGGGCAAUGACGUGAGCACUGGGGUUAUUUUGAAUCGGCGCGGGGUGGGUUUGUUCUAUGUUUUCUCUCUGUCCACAUUCAUAGACAACAAAGCUUUGAUCCCCCGCCCUUCAUAAUUAAAACCAAAUGCAACGUCCCAGCCUCCUCACAUGCUCCGUUUCACUGCACAGGUUUGUAAGUACGACUACGUGGAGGUGCGCAGCGGGCUUUCAGCUGAUUCGAGGCUCCAUGGGAAGUUCUGUGGAGCAGAGAAACCAGAAGCUAUCACCUCCCAAUACAACAAUAUGCGCAUUGAGUUUAAAUCGGACAACACGGUGUCCAAAAAAGGCUUUAAAGCACAGUUCUUCUCAGGUGGGUGUCCUAACAGAGCUCUGCACAGCAUCACGUCUUCUUUAGUCUUCACAGGAUGGAAAUAGUCACCAAGCUUGUGUCCUCUGUGCUCCUGCAGACAAAGAUGAGUGCUCCAAAGAGAACGGAGGCUGUCAACACGAGUGUGUCAACACCUUUGGAAGCUACAGCUGUCAGUGCAGGAGCGGCUUUGUGCUGCACGAGAACAAACACGACUGCAAAGAAGGUACCUGACCUCAAAUUCUUGUCACCUUGAUGCUGAUACCUGCUUAUCCUCACUCUCGGCUCUUUUUUUUCCAAUCUGAGCAACCACUGCAGUAGAUAAGCAGUCUGAGUGCAGUCAAGCUGUGCCAUUUUAGCACGAUACAGAGGUCUGUGUUGACUCAAUGCUGUCUUUUUUCUACAGCCGGCUGUGAUCACACUGUGAAUAGCGUGAGUGGCACCAUCACCAGCCCGAAUUGGCCGGAUAGAUACCCCAGCAAGAAGGCCUGCACCUGGGCCCUCACCACCACUCCAGGCCAUCGCAUCAAAAUCGUAUGUGUCACUUCCUCCCACUCUCUGUGUAGUUUCUCUGGUCAGUCAUGUAUUUAUUUGUGUUUGGAUUAUUGUGUAACAGAAAUCCACAGAGGACAUCUGUGUUUACUUUGCUGAUGUCAGAAGCUGUUAUGCCAUCCCUAAUGAUGAUGUGUGGCUCCCCCUUCUGUUGUUAUCUGUGUCACUGACAUAGAGUAGAUCAAAUCGAUUCAUUUGCUUCUUUGGAAAGGCCAAAUGUAAAGAAUGGGAGCUACUGAAGUGCUGGAGAUUCACAUUUACUGUGCUCACUGUGUAAGCUUCAAUUUUACAAAACUAUUUAGGAUGCGAAAGAGGAUCUAUGAGGGUUAAACUGUCUUCUUGUAGCUUUUUUAAGACUUUAAAAAUAAAAAAGAAAACGAUCUUAAGUGGAAGUUGACACUAAGCUGGGUUAUCAUCCCAUCUUAUUUUACUUGAUAGAUCACAAAUAGAUAUAUCUGUCAGUACGUUUUCAGCAGCCUCUGAUUCAACCUUUCCAAAUGUGAGUCGGUGCAUAAAAAGUCUUGCAAUUAAAUCAAAAUGUGCUAAAAUCCCUUUACUGGAAGCUUAAGUCAAAUACUUUGGUGUUGACGUUGGAAAAGACCAAAUUUCAGGAAUGAGGGAAAGCUGUAAUCCACUGAUUUUCCCAGUACAGCAUUAUUUUAAUUAAAGGUCUCAAAGUAAUUCAAUCUUGCUCCCAAAAGCUGAGUAAUCUUCUGGAAUAGUCUGAAAAUGAUUAUCGUGUUUGGUAUGAUAACUCCUAUUAAAAAAAAAACACACAAAAAAAUGAGAAUCUUUUUUGAAUAGCAAAACUCCGAAUAUACUUAAGCGGAUUUAAAAAACAGAAACUUAGUCAUACAUUUGAUAUAUUUUUAAAGAAACAUUGACAUCCUGUAUAAAGUAAAAUUUCCAAGUAAAAUAUAAGAUUUGAAAUCAUUUAACUAAGUUCUUUUCUGACCUUAUUUCAAGCCCCUUUUUAUUUAUAUAUUUGCAGUGCUGUAUCUGUAUCUCUUUUUGCCUUUGAGAUAAUAAGUGUACUGGAAGUUACAUGUAUCACUUUAAAGGGAGUGUGAUUGACCCAAGAAAAGGGUUCAAAUGCUUGAACUCAAAACACGUACAUUUUGUCUGACAACGCGUGUCUUAAGAAAUACUUUUUAUCUUGUUUUGCUGCAGGCCUUCAAUGAAAUCGACAUGGAGGCCCACCUGGAGUGUGCUUAUGACCACAUUGAGAUUUAUGACGGGCGAGAUGGAAAAUCUCCAAGUCUAGGUCGCUUCUGUGGCACCAAGAAGCCCCCGCCCAUCACGUCAAGUGGAAACAAGCUGUUCGUUCGCUUCUUCUCUGACAACUCAGUGCAGAAGAAAGGCUUCGAGGCUUCUCAUACUGCAGGUAAGAAUAGCUGCGGCUGUAAUAACAGUUCUCAGUUUCUCCUCCCGCUACAUAAAAAAAAACGUAAUAGUAGCUGAGAGGGAUUCCAGUAACUUCUCCAAACCUUUGUGUUUUGAGUGCAUCAAGUUAAUUUCAGGUUAAUUCCUCACAAAUCCAACUCCUCAGAGGUUUCUGUAGUGAAUACAUGCAGGAUUUAGUUUUGAUUGCAUUUCACCACCCUGUCUGAGAAUGAUUAUGACUCAUGUUUAACAACAGAGGGGGGAUUUAGACUCCUUUGUAUCUGUAUGACUGUAAAACCACAAAUGACCGAGAGACCAACAAGCACAGCCGCCGUACUUAAACCUUAUACAAGAUGUCGGACUCAGCUCAACUUUUCUGCCUUCAGAGUGCGGCGGUCGUCUGAGAGCUGAAGUCAAAACCAAGGACCUGUUCUCCCACGCUCAGUUUGGGGACAACAACUACCCCGGAGCCUCCGACUGUCAGUGGGUGAUCUCUGCUGAGAAAGGCUACGGUGUCGAGCUCAUCUUCCAGACCUUCGAGAUCGAGGAGGAGGCCGACUGCGGCUACGACUACAUGGAGCUUUUUGAUGGAGCUGACACCAAAUCCCCUCGACUGGGACGCUACUGUGGCUCAGGGGUAUGAACAUUUCUCUCUGGCCAAAGUAGCCGGCCUGCCUCAGCACUUUUUUAGUGUUACAGUAAGAGUUUUCAGACAACUGUUGGGGAAUUGCCCUGCUGUUGAGUAACCUUUUGGUAGUGGUUUGUGAACUACCCUUGGGCUUUUGAUUCCAGUUCUGCUUUAAUCGCUUUGUUAAACUUUGUUGUCCUCUGGGUUUGGGAGUGUAGCUGUGUAGGCGCUUGUAGGUCACACAUCGCUUCCACUCCCUGGUUGCAGAUAGCCUAUCGGAGCCUCUGGCAUCAGGCUGCAACUGUGAAUUAAUCAGCCAAUGCUGAGGCUGCAGCCUGAGUCUGGAACAAUGAGGCCAGCAGGGAAUAGAAACACAAGUUUCCUCAGGUCAGAGAACAGCUUGAUCUCAUUUACACACUCCAAUAAUAAGCUUAGGCCUUUCACUCACGCCUGUUCACAUGAAUCAUUUGCUGGAGGGGACAUAACACUGUAGGAACCCCGGGGAGACACUUCUCAAUCAAGUUUCCUUUUAUAAAACAGGUCGAAAUAAACUGACACAAUUCAGCGCAGAGUAGUAGAAAAACUCAUUACAGCAUAUAGAGGCUCACUUUAGCUCGGGGGUUUCUCUCCAUUAAACAGAAGACUUUACAUCGUUGGGUCUACCAUCCCCUCAUUCCUAUUAAAGCAGGACUUAUUAGCUAUUGUAUAUACAUAAUUCAUGCUGUGAGUGACAACAGUCUGGUGUUUAACACUUGGUUGCACAAGCUUUGGGUGUUCUGAUGCUGCACUGCUUUCGGAUAGUCAGAGAGCAGCUGCUGAGAGCCUCCACCAGCCAAUUAUUUCCUAGUAUAAUGUUCUGAAUUAAUAUUCAUGUGAUAAAAGUAUUCUGACAGGUCCUGUGUUUCAUAUUUUCUGCGCUCACACUAAGCAGUUAAUUCUCCUUUUGUUUAAAUGGAAACACUUUGGCCGACUCUGGUGGCAGUAGAAAUGAGCUCGGAGCUGAGGCGCACCUGGAACUAAUCACCAGACUGUAUUUUAUCCUCACUUCAAUAGACACUAAAGCCUCCAUCAGAAAAAAGCUGGAAAAGACCAGUCCUCGUCCUGGUCCCUCACAUGGCCCCUGUCUGCCACAGACCUAGCAAUCCUCCGCAGUCAGAAGCCAUUGGUCAUGGUCACUGAUUUGACUUCAGAUUCGGCAUGUGACGAGACUUUAGUUUGAAGUGAAGUGCAGUCAGAGAAGCAGAAAGCAGCUGCGUAAAUGAAUCUGUUUUUUCUUUUUGUCUGCUCUCUCAGCCUCCAGAGGAGAUCUACUCGGCCGGUGACUCCAUUGUGAUCAAGUUCCGCUCUGACGACACAAUCAACAAGAAAGGGUUUCACGUCCGCUACACCAGCACCAAGUUCCAGGACACACUGCAUUCACGCAAGUGACCAGCGGGGGCCGGAAGGGGCCGUGCGGGGCAAAGGGGCAAGCAGAGGGGCCCCCAAGGGAGGCGCCAGCCUGACGCUCGGAAACCUUCGGCCACCAAGAUGAAUCAGACACGACAGAACAGCCGCAAAACCACCAACCGCACCUCAGCUCCCAGGGGCUCUAGCUCCCCCCGCAGACUGUGAGGAGUAAAGCCAUUCUGCAGUACACCUUGUUUUUACCUUUUUAUGGUUAGGGUUGGGGUGGGAGGAGGAACGUCCGCUUUAGGCGGGGAAAAUUAAUUGACCCGGUCCCCUCCAGAUCUUUUUUUGUUCUUUGUUUCUUUAUUUUUUAACAUGCCUCCUAAUGAGAGGCACUAAGGAAAACAGUGGAUUCUCAGGACCUGUAGGAAGGCAGGCAUCAGCUGGACAGAUCCCUGCUUUUGUCGGGCCAGCCCACCACAUCUGGGGGGGAGGAGAGGAAGAAGAGGAGGAGUAUGGGAAGGUCUCCUGAUACUCCUCGAUGAUUGCUCUCCUCUCCUCCCACUUUCAUUCCUUUGGUUCCUAUCUGUCAGAGGAUAAGAAGGACUUGACUUGAGAUUCUGAUACUGUAUGUCAGUCGAUUGCAUGUAAUUACAAGAGAAGAAGGAAAACUGUACAGUGACAACACCAGCAUUUGUAAUUGGCAUUGUCCUGGCAAGCAGUGGCAAGAUUCUCGAUGUUACCAUUAACAAGGAAAUUAAGGAAGCAGUUAUCUUAUUAAAGGACUAAUAAAUGAAUUGUGGUCCAUGUCUUCUGGUUGGUAAUUGCUUGCCUGACGACUGGCUUUUACUGUACCUCCAUGUAAAAAGUAAUGUGUAUGAUCUUUUAAAGGGAACAUGUGCUUUUCUCAGCUUGAAACCAGUUAGCACUUUACAGUGAAUUGUUCCAAAAUCAUGAGCUUAUGAGUUUUUGUGAAAUGCAAUGCCAGUUCACUUAUUUUUAAAUGCAUUUUAUCUCUCCUACUCUUCAUUGUUUUUUUUUUCUUUUCUUUUUUUUUUUUUUUUUUUUUUAAUUGCUCCAUUUAGUUCCUCAGGCAUACUUGAACAUUGUGUGUGCCCUCCAACAUGGGGUAAUAAAGAUAUGACUUAUGUUUCAGUGUUGAUUUACAGUUCUGAUGUAAAAUAAUUUCUCUCCAGAGAAAAUGCCUUUUUUUGGUACAAUGAAGUAUUUCUCAAGAACCAAAUGAGCCUGGGUAUUUAUUGUUAGAAUAACUCCAUCUAUUAUGUACAGGGGAAAGGUACUGUUGAAAUUAACCCUAUAACUGCCUUCUUAUGUGUAGCUAUUGGUCUAUGUUGAAUAUACUGUGUUGCUCACUCAUUCCUUUUCUCUAUUCAUUUCUCACUCAGUAUGAUGAGAAAAUGUUGUGUGACAGGGCAGCAGUCUGAUACAUCUGUUUGAUGUCUGACCUUUAAGUCACAAUAUUAACUUAUAACCAUUAACCUUUCAUGUGACAUUUCAGUUAAGGCUUGUCCCACGCUCCACCCACUUAGCUGCCGCUGAGUGAUGUGAGGACAUGUCAAGAAGAGGAGUAAUACACAGCUGAGGACAAAAACAUGGCAAAUGGGUUUGUUUGGAAAUAAAUUACCGAGGAUAAUUUUAAACCCCAUAAACAUAACAAACAACUAUAAAUGCCCCUCACUCUGGUCAGCUUUGGUUCUCUGUUUAUAGAUUGAGCGUGCCGUUUCAGGACACACUAUGAAAACAUUUCUUUUCACACUCUGCAAAAUAUUUAUUCUCCAUGUAUCCUAACACAACCCCCGUAAUCUUUCCAUUACAUUUCUGUUGUCCUUUUAUUUCUGUCGAAUAACACGGAGGGGCAGAGCCGUGUCUGUGAAAGCACCAGCAGGCUGGCACAAAGGAAAUUGGGCCUCACUUUUCUCUAACCAGCGCUCAGAACAACAAAAUCAAUUCAGAUAUAGGAAGACCGCAGACUGGAUCAGAUGCAGUUCACAUCAGUAAACAGUUGAUUAAGAUUCCCAGAACGUGUUCUCUGCAUAAAUUUGUUUUCAUUUCCGAACUAAAUUCCCCCAAACGGGCUUUUUCAAUCACAUUAUUAGUUACUGCGAUUGUCCUGCAAGUUUUAUACAAGUUUAAACUCUUGUUGCUUUACUCUCUGAGGUAUCAAACUGGAUUCUGUCCUUGAUUUUAAACGCUUGAAUGAACAAGAAAAACAAUGAGCUCAUAUCCAAGAUAUCAUGAAGGAAGAAACGAUACUACACUUGAAAGAAGGGAGCGUUUUUAGCCAUGUAAGGCAAACUGCUAGUACGGAUUAAUAUUUCUUUAUACACACAAUCAUAGACUGUAUAUAGAAUAUGUUUAAAGAUAUUAAAUAAUAGACAUAAUUUUAUCAUCCUCUGAUUAAGAAGCAUCUUUGCUUGACAAAUUUAAUCCAACUUAUCUCUCUCAAAGAUUGAUGCUUUUAAAAAUCAAGCCGUCAUUUAAGGUCAUAAAAGUGAACCGCAGCUAUUUAACAUCAUAGAAGUGUGUCUGCUGACAGUAAAGGUCGACUGUUUUUCUACUUCAAUAAAUCAAAUUUGUUGCUGCUUCAGCUGAAUAAACCAGAAGAGUCUCUGAAACUGAAGUCUGACAAGGUUUUUCUGCUUUUAAAGAAGAAGUUCACAUCUCUCUGCUUUUUGUUUCCACCAGGACGAGCGGGGGAAGGCUGCUGUACACCCAACACCUCACUUUUGUUUAAUGAAACAUUGAUGCACUGCAAUUCAAUGUAAUAUCCGAGCCAUUUCAUAUGAAUAAUUAACUACAGCCAACUGGAGAUGUGAAGCUGUGCGCUGUAGCUCUCAGUAACGAUGUGACUGUACGGGAACACUGACAGGUCUUCAUCAUUAUGUAACAAUGCAGAAGAAAGCAGUGCUGAGCCCCCACCAGAACAAAAGACUCCAGGCUUCCUGCACCUGUUUUAUUUGACUUUCACGAGGAACACACACACACACACAUGCACGCACACACGACAGGGAUUUACUGCACUUGCUGCAAUGGAGUCAGUUCCUCUCCAUAACCAUUAUUGUGUUAUGUGGCUUGACAAAUGGCCCUCACCUUCACUGCGGGGCAGAGCGGAGCCCGUGUCGAUGGAUGCAUGAGUGGUGCUCUAAACUGUGUGAGAGCAGCGUUGCUUGAUCCGAGUGCCUACAAGUGUGAUGAAGGGUGUUUAAAGAGUACAGUGAAGGACCUGAGGUUUCUUUCAAUUGGUGCUGAUGACAAAAAUAGAGAUCUAAGGUAUGAACAUAUUUAAAUGUCAGGAAAGGAGAUUAUAUAUUGUGGAGUGUGCGUGUGUGUGUGUGUGUGAGCAGGACACUGAAAUAUUGACAUCCCAUAUUACAUUUAAUAAAACUGUGCAGGGUACAAAUCUGAGCACAACUUGUAAACCAGCCACAUCUGGACAUCAUCACCUUUGUUUCAAAAGUGGCUGCAGAAAAAACAGAAACUCAACAUCCAUCGAGGAAAACAUAAACAAAGAAAACAAACAACAUGUUUCACAAGAUUGCCUGUGAGUCAAGUGGAGCGGUAACACUUAUCUUCACGGACGUCAGAACACGCAGCCCCGGCGGUAUUCACAAUAGCAGGUCACGGCACAGUCAGCUGCUCUUCACCACUCAACAAGUUACACAGAUAAAAACGGUGACUCAGUGAGUGUUUCCCAACGAUUACUCAAUUGUCUCCACCUCUUGGCUGAAGGCGAUAUAGAAGCGAAAAAAGGAAAAGGAAAUACAGACUGAAUCAUCAUUUAAAAGAACAGAGAGGUCGGUCAGCUGUGAGUCACAGUUUUUUUACACAAUAUUUAAGUACUUAAUCAUCGACUAAUGAAAGUAAAGACGGUGGAUUCUGUGAUGAAAAACAAUUUACAUUCAUGGAAUAGAUUCUGACAUCUUUGUGCUGUAAAGUUUCAAUCAUUCACUGAUCUGAGGAUCCUCCUGAACACGAAGGAAAACUGGGUGCUUUCAGUUCUUAGAUUUGCAUACGGGCAGACUCAUCAGCCUGACAUUGACGUGAGUCUGGGUUAGUUUGUGUUUACAUGCUGAUUGAGUGCCAGGCCAACGACCCCAGCUGCCCUCCCACCCAGCACACAGCCGCUCCCAGGGCCGAUACCACCAUCACAGCCAGGCUGGCCUUGAGAACAGCACCGGGAGGUCUGCUGAAACGAGGGGGGGCCAUACAGGCCAACAUGGCCACGGUCACGGUCAGGGUGAACAAAAUGGAGACAGCAGUGUUUAUGGCCACUAUCUGGCCGAACUUGGCGAAAGGCACAAUGACGCAGAAGAAGAGAGGGACUGUGGAGAUCACUGUGGUGACGGCGCUGGACACUAUGGCAACACCUACAUGGUUCACUGCCUCUAAGGUCCGCCUCCGCCUCUCCACUGCAGGCUCCUGCAAAAAAAAAAAAAAAGGAUUGGUAAGACAGCCGCUCCUCUUUACUCUGAAGCCUCGAGGGCGCUUCUCACCUCAUUAAACCCAAAUUCUUAGUCAUUAUCUUGUUUCGACAAGUAUGAACACAAAAAAAAUUAGGACAAUUUUUUUGCAAUUACUCAAUUAUGUUAUGCAAGAAAUCGACAUUCCCAUACCAAGUUCUGACCCGGUGUAGAGGGCAUGGUCUCCCCAGCCAGCAGGUAACCCUCCACGAGGUGCAGGCAGUAAUCCACUGAAGAGCCCACGAGUAUGGAGAGAGAAAUUGCCUCCACUGCACCCAUCUCCCAGCCCAGCCAAUACAUGACAGCCACAACUAGACAGAUCACGCCUGAAGAAGCACAAAAAACCCCACAAUCUUAAAAAGGAUACAAACUCAGGCCUCAAUAUUCACAUUUAAAAACCCAUCUCUGAGUGUACAAAGGAGACACUCUGAAGAGCCUGAAUGAAAAAGUUCACCUCUUACCUAGUAUGGUGAUGAGCACUGGCAGUAGCAGCAGAGGAUGAGCAGUAAACACGGACACAGCUGCCACACAGAUGGCCAGAGACAGCAGCAGACUCCAGAGGGCACUCUCCACACCUACAAACAGACCACAGAGCAGCAGAAUAGCAACUUUCACAUACUGCCACUUUCGUCCAUUCCCGCUAUCUCUUGAAAUGUCACACCGUAUCUUCACUUACCUAUGAUCUCCAUGAAGAUCUGCUUCCAGUGCUCACAGGUCUGGAAACCUCGUUGCAGAGCUGAUGACUGUGGGAGGGAGGCGAGCUGCUCUUGAAUGAAGUUCUCCCACUGGAGGAAGUCAGAGUAGGUCUGAAAGGAGGAUUUCCCCUUGUAUGUGGUCUUUGGCGGAGGGAGAACAGAGUAAAAAAAGUGAGGUAGUGAAUGUGAAAGUCUGCGACACAGACAGAUAAAAAGCAGACGGAUAAUGAGACUUACAGACUCAAAGGCCAUGGACAGCCAGCGGACCUUUCCUCCGUGCAUUCCCACCGCUCCGUGUGAGAGCUGACCCGGUAGCAGGUUGGGUUCAGGGAGAGAGUGACACUCAGGGUGGAGCAGAGGCAACACAGACGACAGUUUAUUACCUGAGGAAGAAAGAAAAAGUAUUUCUAUAUAAAUUUUCUUUUUAACAUUUAAGAACAUUUUCAUCAUUUCCUCUUUUUCUUACAAAUCUGAUUUCAUGUGCAGCUGAUAAGUGCUUUCAUAGGCUUAAUGAAACCACAGCUUUUUUGGUUCAUUUUUAUCUGUACAUUUUCCUUCAUCAAAGAAUUAUCCAGAAAAAAAUGGAUAGAUGGAAAAUGGAUGGAAUGGAUUUCCCCCCAUUCCGGCUCUGGGUCGGCUUGGAAAGGCUCGGGGGCGAAGGUGGCUCGUGGCCCUGGCCUGGGGCGGCAAUAGCUCAGGAGGUAGAGUGGUCAUCCAGUAACCGGAAGGUUGGCGGUUCGAUUCCCCCCUGUCCCAAGUCUGUCCCUCGUGUCCUUGGGCAAGACACUUAACCUUGCUCCCAGUGUGUGUCCUCCACUGGUGUAUGAUUGUGAGUGUUGUGUGGUGGCGGUCGGAGAGGCCGUAGGUGCAAAAUGGCAGCCACGUUUCCAUCAGUUUGCCCCAGGGCAACUGUGACUACUAAGGUAGUUUACCACCACCAAAGUGUGACUGUGUGAGCGAAUGAUGUGUCCAAUGUUUAGCGCUUUGAGGGUCUCUGAUAAAGCGCUAUAUGAAAUCUGAUGCAUUAUUAUUAUAAAUUAAGUUGAAUUUGAAAUUUGAACAAGGUGGCGUCAUUUUUGUUAAAAACACUACUCUUGUAUGAGCAGGACAGGUAAAGCAAUGUGAUUAAAGCUUCGUCUUUGUCUACACACACCUGAGUUCUCCGUAGGUGCCUUUAUUUAAGUCCAUAGUGAUCAAUAAACAUAUAGUUUCUACUGAUUAAUUGUUUAAAAGAUAAUAAACCUGUUAUUUAGACUCUUUAAACAAUAAGUAUUUUUUUUGUUAUUUAAUUUUGUUUUUAUUUCAUGAUAAAAGAUUCCCCUCUGAGUUGUGUUUGAGCCUUACCUGAUGGCAAACACUGCGCUCCCCCCGGCUUCACAAGUUUUCUGUUUGCACUGAUCACUUUGCAGAUUUUGCAAAGAUGCCCCAUUUCCUGGAAAAUAUCAAAGUCUGGAUCCAAGAUGAUGCUGCCCUUUGAAGAGAAUUAAACACUUCAUCAACCACAUGAGAAAUUAAUUCAACAAUCUGGCUCUGCUUUGUUCUUGUUGAUUCUGAGCAUGCCGACACAGAUGCGACUCUCACCACAUCUCCAAUCACGUGGUUGUCCUUAUGUCCUGUGCGGUUGACGCCCAAGAUGCCAAACACGACAAAGACCAUUGCCCCCGUGUCCACCAGAGGACGCACUGCUGGGCGGCCACAUGCACCGCUGCUGCAUGGGUUGAAGCCAGAGGUUUUGGAUGUCUUCAUGUUGGCGGUGGACGAGGCAUCUGUAAAAAUAGCACAUGGGAAAAAUCUCUAUGCAGCAUUUAUUUAUACAGAGUAAAAAAUGUGUGUGCAAGUGAAGUACACAAGUGGAAAAUCCUCAAGUGGGUUCAGAGUGGGGCACUUUAAGAUGCUAAAUCUGAAUGAAGUCAUAUCAGUGCGUUUUCUCUUUUUAUAAGACUCUUUGAAACUUAAUGACAUAAACAGACGUUUCAUUUGGUGGGAAAAUUGUUUUGCUGAUGGGCUUGAAAACCUCGUAAUAAUAAGGAUGCUGUGACACUUGCUCCCUCACCGCUGAGAAGAGGAGUAUAAAAGGAUCCUUGUGUGGGUCCAUCAGGCCCAGAACUGAUACCACAGCCCGGCAGUCCCACACAUAUUCUCGUGGGAUGAGGUCUUAGGCGGCACUGGGCAUAGUACAGCCUCCUGAGAGGGGGGAAAGCAGGGCAGAAAUGAGCGAUUGUCUGCUAAAUCAACAUGACAGUCCAUCUAACUCUAACCCUUUUUCUAUUUGUGUUUUCACCUGCUGUUCUGCUGUGGAGAUGAUGCCACAUAAAAAGAGAACUCUGGCGUCCAGCCAUGCCGGGGUUCACAUGAAGUGGAUGUAAUCAUCCAGCUGGGGUACGGAUGGUACACAUGGGAAACACACACUGUCAUUCUGCUGGUGUAAUUGCUGCAGGGCUGAUUAUAAGCCUAUUCAGAUAAAACAAGAUUAUUUUUAAGCCGCUUUGGUGAGGCGUGUCACAGAUGGGAGACAUAACGUUAUAACGAAUUAUCAAAAUAUCAUUAGGCUGACUUUUUUUUUCCCGCCUCCUAACCUGAAAAGAUGACACCUCAUCAUGAUCUGAGCUGCAGAGUUUCCACGGGGUGGGUGUGCUGGUGUUAAGGGAGAAGCGAUAAAGGGUUGUAGAAGCUCCAAGGUCCAACUUUGAUAUGUACACCGUGAGUAAAGAGCCUGAAAAACAGCGUCCGCGCUUUCAUUUCAAACAGCAGAACAUGUUUCCGCAAGGACAAAGGUGAGAGAAGAGAGAGUUUCGUGCGCCGCAUCUUUUACCUGUUUGAUUUGUGCUUGGGUUUGUUCUCACUGAUCUCCGAGCAGCGGUAGAGGUCAUUGUGCUUGUAGCUUGCUGAUGUGUUGAAAACUUAAACCCUGUAGAGGAGGCGUGAGUGUACAAAAGGUGGGGUUUCUCCAUGAAUACACCUGCAGGACAAAAAAGUACAUUUCAGAUAUUUUUCUUGAAGCCUUCAGAGGGAAACUGAUGUGAGAAAUUCCAUCUCCUCCGAAGUCUCACCUGAGCACAUGGGGCAAGAGAUACCCUGACCGCUGAGGUUGCUCC